GAGCCGCCCCCCACCCCCUUCAAACCCACCCCCAAAGAGAUCCCUCUUCCCCUCCCCCCGCCGCCGCUGGCGCGGAGCCGGGACGAUGCUGACCCCUUAGAUCCUGCUCCAGCUGCGCCGCAGGAAGAGGGGGCGCCCCUCCCCCGUACCCCCUGUUCUCCGACCCCCUUCUCUCUCCCCCUCUCCCGGCCGCUUCGCCGAAGGUAGCGCCGAAUCGGGCGACUGGAGCCUGGGCGCGAAGCGAAGGAGCCGGAACAAAGUGAGGGGGAGCCGGCCGGCUGGCCCGGGGGGCCCCAGGAGCCCUGGGGAAGCGGGACUCGCGCCGGGCGGGGCUUCCCUGCGACCCGGCGCCCCGCGGGCAGCAUGCCCCUGCGGGCAGGGGGAGCUGGGCUGAACUGGCCCUCCCGGGGGCUCAGCCUGCGCCCUAGAGCCCCCCAGAUGCGCCCCCGCCGGGGCCCCCCGGUUGCGUGAGGACACCUCCUCUGAGGGGCGCCGCUCGCCCCUCUCGAGACCGCCCGGGGCCCCGGCUGGCCAGAGGAUGGACGAGGAGGAGGAUGGAGCGGGCACCGAGGAGUCAGGACAGCCCCGGAGCUUCAUGCGGCUCAACGACCUGUCGGGGGCCGGGGGCCGGCCGGGGCCGGGGUCGACGGAAAAGGACCCGGGCAGCGCGGACUCCGAGGCGGAGGGGCUGCCGUACCCGGCGCUGGCCCCGGUGGUUUUCUUCUACUUGAGCCAGGACAGCCGCCCGCGGAGCUGGUGUCUCCGCACGGUCUGUAACCCCUGGUUUGAGCGCAUCAGCAUGUUGGUUAUCCUUCUCAACUGUGUGACCCUGGGCAUGUUCCGGCCGUGUGAGGACAUCGCCUGUGACUCGCAGCGUUGCCGGAUCCUGCAGGCCUUCGAUGACUUCAUCUUUGCCUUCUUCGCCGUGGAGAUGGUGGUGAAGAUGGUGGCCUUGGGCAUCUUCGGGAAAAAGUGUUACCUGGGAGACACUUGGAACCGGCUUGAUUUCUUCAUCGUCAUUGCAGGGAUGCUGGAGUAUUCGCUGGACCUUCAGAACGUCAGCUUCUCAGCUGUCAGGACAGUCCGUGUGCUGCGACCGCUCAGGGCCAUUAACCGGGUGCCCAGCAUGCGCAUCCUUGUCACGCUGCUGCUGGACACACUGCCCAUGCUGGGCAACGUCUUGCUGCUCUGCUUCUUCGUCUUCUUCAUCUUCGGCAUCGUUGGCGUCCAGCUGUGGGCAGGGCUCCUUCGUAACCGGUGCUUCCUGCCGGAGAAUUUCAGCCUCCCCCUGAGCGUGGACCUGGAGCGCUACUACCAGACGGAGAAUGAGGACGAGAACCCCUUCAUCUGCUCCCAGCCGCGGGAGAACGGCAUGCGCUCGUGCAGGAGUGUGCCCACGCUGCGCGGGGAGGGUGGCGGCGGCCCCCCCUGCGGCCUGGACUACGAGGCCUACAACAGCUCCAGCAACACCACUUGCGUCAACUGGAACCAGUACUACACCAACUGCUCCGCAGGGGAGCACAACCCCUUCAAGGGCGCCAUCAACUUCGACAACAUCGGCUAUGCCUGGAUUGCCAUCUUCCAGGUCAUCACGCUGGAGGGCUGGGUCGACAUCAUGUACUUCGUGAUGGAUGCUCAUUCCUUCUACAACUUUAUCUACUUCAUCCUCCUCAUCAUCGUGGGCUCCUUCUUCAUGAUCAACCUGUGCCUGGUGGUGAUCGCCACGCAGUUCUCAGAGACCAAGCAGCGGGAGAGCCAGCUGAUGCGGGAGCAGCGCGUGCGCUUCCUGUCCAACGCCAGCACCCUGGCCAGCUUCUCGGAGCCAGGCAGCUGCUACGAGGAGCUGUUGAAGUACCUGGUGUACGUCCUCCGUAAAGCGGCCCGCAGGCUGGCCCGGGUCUCCCGGGCGGCGGGUGUGCGGGCCGGGCUGCUCAGCAGCCCGGUGCCGCGCGGCGGCCAGGAGCCCCAGCCCGGCGGCAGCUGCUCUCGCUCCCACCGCCGUCCGUCUGUCCACCACCUGGUUCACCACCACCACCACCAUCACCACCACUACCACCUGGGCAACGGGACGCUGCGGGCCCCCCGGGCCAGCCCGGAGAUCCAGGACAGGGAUGCCAACGGGGCCCGCCGGCUGAUGCCGCCACCGCCCUCGACGCCCGCCCUCUCCGGGCCCCCCGGGGGCGCAGAGUCCGUACACAGCUUCUACCACGCCGACUGCCGCCUGGAGCCGGUCCGCUGUCAGGCACCCCCUCCCAGAUCGCCGUCCGAGGCGUCGGGCAGGACCGCGGGCGGCGGGAAGGUGUACCCCACGGUGCACACCAGCCCUCCCCCAGAGAUGCUGAAGGAGAAGGCGCUAGUGGAGGCGGCCCCCACCUCCGGACCCCCCACCCUCACCAGCCUCAACAUCCCGCCCGGGCCCUACAGCUCCAUGCACAAGCUGCUCGAGACACAGAGCACAGGCGCCUGCCAAAGCUCUUGCAAGAUCUCCAGCCCUUGCUUGAAGGCGGACAGUGGAGCCUGUGGCCCAGACAGCUGCCCCUACUGUGCCCGGGCGGGGGCAGGGCAGGUGGAGCUCGCCGGCCACGAGAUGCCUGACUCAGACAGCGAGGCAGUUUAUGAGCUCACACAAGACGCCCAGCACGGUGAUCUCCGGGACCCUCACAGCCGGCACCGACAGAGUCUAGGGCUGGACGCAGAGCCCAACUCUGUGCUGGCCUUCUGGAGGCUGAUCUGUGACACUUUCCGGAAGAUCGUGGACAGCAAGUACUUUGGUCGGGGAAUCAUGAUUGCUAUCCUGGUCAACACCCUCAGCAUGGGCAUCGAGUACCAUGAACAGCCCGAGGAGCUCACCAACGCCCUGGAAAUCAGCAACAUCGUCUUCACCAGCCUCUUUGCCCUGGAGAUGCUGCUGAAGCUGCUCGUGUACGGUCCCUUUGGCUACAUCAAGAACCCCUACAACAUCUUCGAUGGCGUCAUUGUCGUCAUCAGCGUGUGGGAGAUCGUGGGCCAGCAGGGGGGUGGCCUGUCGGUGCUGCGGACCUUCCGCCUGAUGCGGGUGCUGAAGCUGGUGCGCUUCCUGCCGGCGCUGCAGCGACAGCUGGUGGUGCUCAUGAAGACCAUGGACAACGUGGCCACCUUCUGCAUGCUGCUCAUGCUCUUCAUCUUCAUCUUCAGCAUCCUGGGCAUGCAUCUCUUUGGCUGCAAAUUUGCAUCUGAGCGGGACGGGGACACGCUGCCGGACCGGAAGAAUUUUGACUCCCUGCUCUGGGCCAUCGUCACCGUCUUUCAGAUCCUGACCCAGGAGGACUGGAACAAGGUACUCUACAAUGGAAUGGCCUCCACGUCGUCCUGGGCUGCUCUUUAUUUCAUUGCCCUCAUGACCUUCGGCAACUACGUGCUCUUCAAUCUGCUCGUCGCCAUUCUGGUGGAGGGUUUCCAGGCGGAGGAAAUCAGCAAACGGGAAGAUGCGAGUGGACAGUUAAGCUGUAUUCAGCUGCCUGUCGACUCCCAGGGGGGAGAUGCCACCAAGUCCGAGUCAGAGCCCGAUUUCUUCUCACCCAGCCUGGAUGGUGACGGGGACAGGAAGAAGCGCUUGGCCUUGGUGUCCCUGGGAGAGCACCCGGAGCUGCGGAAGAACCUGCUGCCGCCUCUUAUCAUCCACACGGCCGCCACGCCCAUGUCGCUCCCCAAGAGUUCCAGCACCGGCCUGGCCGAGGCGCUGGGCCCCGCCUCCCGCCGCACCAGCAGCAGCGGGUCUGCUGAGCCAGGGGCGGCCCAUGAGAUGAAGUCACCGCCGAGCGCCCGCAGCUCUCCGCACAGCCCCUGGAGUGCGGCAAGCAGCUGGACCAGCAGGCGCUCCAGCCGGAACAGCCUGGGCCGCGCCCCCAGCCUGAAGCGAAGGAGCCCGAGUGGGGAACGGCGCUCCCUGCUGUCGGGCGAGGGCCGGGAGAGCCAGGACGAGGACGAGAGCUCGGAAGAGGAGAGAGCCAGCCCGGUGGGCAGCGACCGUCGCCACAGGGGCUCCCUGGAGCGGGAGGCCAAGAGCUCCUUUGACCUGCCGGACACGCUGCAGGUGCCCGGGCUGCACCGCACAGCCAGUGGCCGCAGCUCGGCCUCCGAGCACCAGGACUGCAAUGGCAAGUCGGCCUCGGGGCGCCUGGCCCGGGCCCAGCGGCCCGACGCCCCCCCACUGGAUGGGGACGAUGGCGAUGACGAGGGCAACCUGAGCAGAGGGGAGCGGAUGAGAGUGUGGAUCCGAGCCCGGCUGCCCGCCUGCUGCCGGGAGCGAGACUCCUGGUCCGCCUAUGUCUUCUCUCCUCAGUCAAGGUUCCGCCUCUUCUGUCACCGAAUCAUCACCCACAAGAUGUUCGACCAUGUGGUCCUUGUCAUCAUCUUCCUCAACUGCAUCACCAUCGCCAUGGAGCGUCCCAAGAUCGACCCCCACAGCGCUGAACGCAUCUUCCUGACCCUCUCCAAUUACAUCUUUACCGCAGUCUUUCUGGCAGAGAUGACCGUGAAGGUGGUAGCGCUGGGCUGGUGCUUCGGGGAGCAGGCGUACCUGCGUAGCAGCUGGAACAUUCUCGACGGGCUACUGGUGCUCAUCUCCAUCAUCGACAUCCUGGUGUCCAUGGUCUCCGACAGCGGCACCAAGAUCCUGGGCAUGUUGAGGGUGCUGAGGCUGCUGCGGACCCUGCGCCCACUCAGGGUCAUUAGCCGGGCCCAGGGGCUGAAGCUGGUAGUGGAAACGCUGAUGUCCUCGCUGAAGCCCAUUGGCAACAUCGUGGUCAUCUGUUGUGCCUUCUUCAUCAUCUUUGGCAUCCUGGGGGUGCAGCUCUUCAAAGGGAAGUUCUUCGUGUGCCAGGGCGAGGACACCAGGAACAUCACCAACAAAUCGGACUGUGCUGAGGCCAGUUACCGGUGGGUCCGGCACAAGUACAACUUUGACAACCUCGGCCAGGCCCUGAUGUCCCUGUUCGUGCUGGCCUCCAAAGAUGGCUGGGUGGACAUCAUGUAUGACGGGCUGGAUGCCGUGGGUGUGGACCAACAGCCCAUCAUGAACCACAACCCCUGGAUGCUGCUAUACUUCAUCUCGUUCCUGCUCAUUGUGGCCUUCUUUGUCCUGAACAUGUUUGUGGGCGUGGUGGUGGAGAAUUUCCACAAGUGUCGGCAGCACCAGGAGGAGGAGGAGGCCCGGCGGCGGGAGGAGAAGCGUCUGCGGAGACUGGAGAAAAAGAGAAGGAAUCUAAUGCUGGACGAUGUAAAUGCUUCCGGCAGCUCCUCCAGCGCGGCGCCAGAGGCCCAGUGCAAACCCUACUAUUCAGACUACUCUCGCUUCCGGCUCCUCGUUCACCACUUGUGCACCAGCCAUUAUCUGGAUCUCUUCAUCACGGGUGUCAUCGGGCUGAAUGUGGUCACCAUGGCCAUGGAGCACUACCAGCAGCCCCAGAUCCUGGACGAGGCCCUGAAGAUCUGCAACUACAUCUUCACCAUCAUCUUUGUGUUAGAGUCGGUCUUCAAACUCGUGGCCUUUGGCUUCCGUCGGUUCUUCCAGGACAGGUGGAACCAGCUGGACCUGGCCAUCGUGCUGCUGUCCAUCAUGGGCAUCACGCUGGAGGAGAUCGAGGUCAAUGCCUCGCUGCCCAUCAACCCCACCAUCAUCCGCAUCAUGAGGGUGCUACGCAUUGCCCGAGUGCUGAAGCUGCUGAAGAUGGCCGUGGGCAUGCGGGCACUGCUGGAUACGGUCAUGCAGGCCCUGCCCCAGGUGGGGAACCUGGGACUUCUCUUCAUGUUGUUAUUUUUCAUCUUUGCAGCUCUGGGUGUGGAGCUCUUUGGAGACCUGGAGUGUGACGAGACGCACCCCUGCGAGGGCCUGGGCCGGCAUGCCACUUUUCGGAACUUUGGCAUGGCCUUCCUGACCCUCUUCCGAGUCUCCACAGGUGACAAUUGGAAUGGCAUUAUGAAGGACACCCUCCGGGACUGUGACCAGGAGUCCACCUGCUACAACACAGUCAUCUCCCCCAUCUACUUCGUGUCCUUUGUGCUGACGGCCCAGUUCGUGCUGGUCAACGUGGUGAUCGCCGUGCUGAUGAAGCACCUGGAGGAAAGCAACAAGGAGGCCAAGGAGGAGGCCGAGCUGGAGGCCGAGCUGGAGUUGGAGAUGAAGACGCUUAGCCCGCAGCCCCGCUCGCCUCUGGGCAGCCCCUUCCUCUGGCCCGGGGUGGAGGGCCCCGACAGCCCCAAGCCCGGUGCUGCAGCCCACGCUGCCAGCGCGGCCUCGCGCUUCUCCUUGGAGCACCCCACGGACAGACAGCUGUUUGACACCAUAUCCCUGCUGAUCCAGGGCUCCCUGGAGGGGGAGCUGAAGCUGAUGGAAGAGCUGGCGGGCCCUGGGGGCCAGCCCUCUGCCUUGCCUCCCGCCCGCAGCCUGGGCGGCUCCGACCCGCAGAUCCCUCUAGCUGAGAGGGAGGCUCUGUCUCUGACGUCAGAGAUUGUGUCUGAACUGUCCUGCUCUCUAGCUCUGACGGAUGACUCUUUGCCUGAUGACACUCACACACUCUUACUUAGUGCCCUGGAGAGCAAUAUGGAGCCCCACCCUGAGGAGGUUCCCCUCGCCCUGGGACCAGACCUGCUGACCGUGCGGAAGUCUGGAGUCAGCCGAACGCACUCUCUGCCCAAUGACAGCUACAUGUGCCGGGACGGGAGCACCGCCGAGGGGUCCCUAGGACGCAGAAGCUGGGGGCUCCCCAAAGCUCAGUCAGGCUCCGUCUUGUCAGUCCACUCCCAGCCAGCAGACAGCAGCUACAUCCUGCAGCUUCCCAAAGACACACCCCACCUGCUCCAGCCCCACAGCGCCCCCACCUGGGGCACCAUCCCCAAACUGCCCCCACCGGGCCGCUCCCCUUUGGCUCAGAGGCCACUCAGGCGCCAGGCAGCAAUAAGGACUGAUUCCCUGGACGUUCAGGGCCUGGGCAGCCGGGAAGACCUGAUGUCCGAGGGGAGUGGGCCCUCCCCGCCUCUGGCCCGGGCCUCCUCCUUCUGGGGCCACUCGGGCCCCCAGGUGCAGCCGCAGCCCCGCCGCCAGAGCAAGACCUCGAAGCACAUGCCCCCGCCAGCCCCCUGCCCAGGCUCCGACCCCACCUGGAGCAAGGGCCCGCCAGAGACCAGGAGCAGCUUGGAGCUGGACACGGAACUGAGCUGGGUUUCAGGAGACCCCCUGACCGCGGGCAGCCAGGAGGAGCCCCCGUCGCCACGGGACCUGAAGAAGUGCUACAGUGUGGAGGCCCAGAGCGGCCGGCGCAGGCCCUCGUCCUGGCUGGAUGAACAGAGGAGGCACUCCAUUGCGGUCAGCUGCCUGGACAGCGUCUCCCAACCCAGCCUGGGCCCCGACCCCUCUAGCCUUGGGGGCCAGCCUCUUGGGGGGCCCGGAAGCCGGCCCAAGAAAAAACUCAGCCCGCCUAGUAUCUCCAUAGACCCCCCAGAGAGUCAGGGCCCUCGGCCCCCACUGAGCCCUGGCGUCUGCCUCCGGCGGAGGGCUCCGUCCAGCGACUCCAAGGAUCCCUCGGCCUCCGGCCCCCCUGACAGCAUGGCUGCCUCGCCCCCCCCAAAGAAAGACGUGCUGAGUCUCUCCGGUUUAGCCUCUGACCCAGCAGACCUGGACCCCUGAGUCCUGCCCUACUCCCCCAUUCACCUUUCUCCACCGGGUGCCAAAUCCUAGCUCCUCCUCCUGGGCUAUGUUCCUGAAAAACCUUCCAUACGGACUCCAAGGAGGAGCUCCUCCCCGCCUCAGUGGCGCUGGGAACCGGCGAGCAGAAUUUCCAGAGCGUUGAAAGCAGCAGCCCUGGUCACCCUGGCUCCGGGCAGAGAGAGACGAGAGACAGAGAGAGAGAGAGAGAGAGAGAGAGACAGGCCCAGUGCAGCUGAGGUUCCCAACACCAGGAGCUACUGGGAGAAAGCAAUACGUUUGUGCAGAAUCUCUAUGUAUAUUCUAUUUUAUUAAAUUAAUUGAAUCUAGUA